UCCCACCCUCAGCCCCUGACACGCUUUCCGCUUCCGGCAGACCGGGACGCCAUGUCGGCGCUGGCCGCCAACCCCAACAACCCCGUGGUCUUCUUCGAUGUCAGCAUCGGCGGGCAGGAGGUGGGCCGCAUGAAGAUCGAGCUGUUCGCUGAUGUUGUACCCAAAACGGCAGAGAACUUCAGGCAGUUUUGUACAGGUGAAUUCAGGAAAGAUGGUGUCCCUAUAGGGUAUAAAGGAAGCACUUUCCACAGGGUAAUAAAGGAUUUCAUGAUCCAAGGAGGUGACUUUGUCAACGGAGAUGGCACUGGAGUAGCCAGUAUCUAUAGGGGACCUUUUGCAGAUGAAAACUUCAAGCUGAAACACUCUGCUCCUGGGCUGCUCUCUAUGGCAAACAGUGGCCCAAGUACCAAUGGCUGUCAGUUCUUCAUUACAUGCUCCAAAUGUGACUGGUUGGAUGGAAAGCACGUGGUGUUUGGUAAAAUCGUUGAUGGGCUGCUGGUCAUGAGAAAGAUUGAAAAUGUGCCCACAGGUCCCAACAACAAACCCAAGCUACCAGUGGUCAUCUCCCAGUGUGGGGAAAUGUGAAGCAGUGAAAGAGAUGUG